AUGGUUGGCUUCCGCCAAUUUGGCAAGCAGCUGAUGGCCUUCGUUGACGAUCCUCGUGGAGGCUGGAACAUCGCCACACUUGAUUCGCACGACUGGGAGCAGUAUGGGAGACACUUCAAACUGGUCGGCAAAAUUCAACUCGAUCAGGGUGGCUUUGAGGGAGACGUCGGCUCAUUCGACCCAAUCCAACUGCAGACCGGCGAGACUGGCUCGGCUUCGACAUUGGAAUUGUCACCGGUUCUGGUUUCAAGCUCCAGGGCUUCAGACGCCUCGCUCAGUGAGGACGAACUCGACUAUCUGAACGGGGUCAUGACGAAGUACUCGGACGAGGAUACGUCGGGUGCUCUCACUAAUCGUCGACCUGUCCAUUUCCAGGUGCGCUAA